AAAUGGAUAUAUCGAUAUAGUAUCAACUAUACUCGUUGGUAUUUUUCUAAUAUUGUUUAUCACAAUCCUCCAAAUUCCAAAUGACUUUAAUAUCGGAUGUAUUAGGCUUGCACGUGUCUUCCAAAUUUAUAUUGGCCGGCCAUGGAAAUCAGGCAGUUUUGCAUUCCCCGACAGCACCCCUCCAAUUACCACUAGACGCUCGUCAAGCAAAAGUACAUGGCUUUGCAUUGAGUUCUUGCCAUGGCUCAAAACACCUGUUAUUGCUAUAUGGUGAAAAUGCAUUCUCGUUAUUAAUUUAUAACGUUGAUGAAAAGAGUGAGCCGUUUCAAAUAAUAUACGAAGGUGAAACAAGGGACUGGAUUAACGCUGCCACAAUUUUUGACAAUGAUGAAACAAAUGACUGGAAAUUUGUGUUGCACAUGUCUCACAGCUCACUCUUAUACCUUCAGUGUAGCAUCUCAUCAAAGUUAGUCUGCACUGUUUUGGAAUUAGCCAGUUGUACCGACUUCUCAAUGCUCUACCACACGCAUCUGUAUGGUAAUAGCUACAAUGUUUUGGCAAUAAUAAGCGGGAAUGCGUUUGGUGAAUUGUUGAUUUGGCAAACGCAUGGUGCAAUAGAUAUCGAUGCAAUUAAUUCAAAAAGGAAAACAUAUCCAUUGCUAUUACGUAUUCAAGCACAUAAUGGGGUUAUCUUCUCCAUUAAUCUGAACCUUGAGUCAAAGAUUUUAGUUACUACAUCUGAUGAUCGUUCUGUGAAGUUCUGGAAAAUUGACAAGGUCGGGCCAUGGAAGACAGUCGACAUAAAUCCUAUGUUUAGCUGCUUUGGUCAUACUUCACGAGUUAUGUGUUCUACCGUCGUCGAAAAUGGUGGCCAAGCACUUGUUAUUAGUGGUGGAGAGGAUUCUUAUGUGUGCAUUUGGAACUCUUCCGGAGAUUUGUUAUUAAAACGUCAACAACAAUUUGGGGCACCUAUAUGGCGAUUAGGUUUUCAUAAAGCUACCUCUACACUCUAUAGUACUAGUUCCAUAGGAAAUGUAAUUGCUUACAACAUUAAGAACGUUUUUACCCCGCAGAAAAAUCAAAUCACUGUGAUGAAUGACUUAGGUGCGGCAAACGAGUUCAUCGGAAAGGUAAAAUUCGUUAAUGCCACGACUAUUGUUGGGAUAAGUAGCAAAAAUCGCUUAUUUUAUAUGAACUUAGCAGAUGCAUCGCCGCACUUGAAUAAGUGGCAUCUGGUGCCGAACUUUCCCUGCUACAAACGCACAGUGCUCGAAUUGUUUGAUGGAGUCAUUGCUACUUGUGGUUACCAGAGAAUAACGUUGCACAGUUACAAUGUGCAAAAACAACAAUUCGAGAUUUUGUUUGAUGGCGUUAGACUUAAAGGAACAAUUCGCGCAUUUCAUUUUUUAACCAAAGAACAUUACCUUGUAUCCGAUGACUUAGGAAAUUGUCAGCUUCUAAAGGGACGUGAGCUAGAUUUGGAUUCAAAUAUUUUGUUGAAUGAUUGUGAUAGAUCCUGGACAACUGCCGCCAUCCUCGUAUUAGAAAAAUUUCUCUUGUUAAGUAAUCGUAAGGGUCAUUGUAUGGUUUACCACCGCGGUGCUGGGAAUAAUUUUGAGCUGAAAAACAUUAUCAAAUGUUUGCAUGGAAACAUGGGCUCAACUUUUUUAAAGUUAUUGAAUUUAAAUAGUCACCAAGUCGACGUGAUGAGUGGAAGCCACGAGCCUUAUUUGAAAUAUCUACGAUUGACACUAGCUGAUUGUAGUUUAACAGUCUUCAAAAAGGAGAGCGUCCCCCUAGGAUGGGUUGAAGCGUCCCAAGGUGAAGAUGUACUUCUUGGCUUCAAUGAUAAUCAUAUUGUGGCCUGGUCGCGUCAAUACGAUGUGCUUAUGCAAAAGGCUUGUGGGGGUGGUCAUCGCUACUGGGACUACCAUCUAAACAAUGGUAUACUUAAUAUAUGUUUUAUAAAACAAAAAAAAGUGUUAUUUUACCGUAGCUUACUUUACAAGGAAGACAGCCCCAUAAAUCUAAAGCGGAUUAACUGGCACACCCGCAAUUGCAACACAAUAAAACUUCUUACGGCCCACAAUCUACUUACACCCUUAAUUCUAUCAGCAGGGGAUGACAAUAUCAUAAAGAUUUCCAAGCUAGUCGACGAUAACUUAAUUCAUUGUGCCGAAAUUCACUCACACAUUUCAAGUGUACGUUCGUUAGAGGCUUGUCUCUAUAAAUUUAAAAAUCAUGUACUUACGUGGCUAAUUUUCUCAGUCGGAGGACGAUCUCAACUUUGCAUUAAUCAAAUUGACGUCACAGUUGCUAGUGAGUGCCACGUGAGUGAGCUGUGUACUCACAAAGUUCAAAAUACGUCAGAGUCAAAAAUCGGCACUCUUGAAGCAAGACUGAUGGCAAUUGACAUCGCACAACAUACCCUUUCGGGUGUUUUUACGUUAUAUAUAGCCAGUGCUGAAGGUCAAAUUCGCCUUUAUCGUUGGCAACAUGAAAGACCCUCAGAACUACACUUUGUUAAUUUUAUUGAUAUAAAAAGAUGUCCACUUAAAAUGCAGUGGAUCAAUAGCAAAAGGCUUUUGCUCAUCACAACAACAAACGGAGAAAUUUACGCAUAUGACCAGACGCUUUCCAUAAAACGUUUUCAACUCCAACUACACAACGGUGGCAUUAAUACCUUAGAUAUCAAAAUUGAUGGGCAGUUUUUGCACCUUUUGUCUGGCGGAGAUGACGAAGAUAUACGGUAUACAAUUAUAAAUUUCGACAACUUAACAAUAGAGGAGACCAGGGAGUUUUUGGGUCUGCACAAUGCUCAGGUUAAUGCAGUAUCAUUACAAGAGGAAAAUGAUAGUGGCACGUCGCAACUAUUUGCUUAUUCAUGCAGUGUAGAUAAACAGAUAUAUAGGAUCAAUUUGAGAACCCGUCAGUUCAUUCGAGUUGGAUGCACGUGCAUAGCUGAUAUAAAAGGGAUGUUGCUGGAUGAUCAUCAGCGCAUGUAUUUUUACGGAUGUGGAAUUCAAAUUUUGCGUCGUAAAUUAUUUAAUAAAGGAUAUUUAAAAUGAAUUUUCAUUCACUAUUUUAAGUAAGUCGCUAGCAUAAGAUGUUGUCUC